AUGGAAAUUGAACUCCCAGCAUUUGAAGAAAUUUAUGAUUUUAAUGAAACCGAUCUCCAUGCCCAUCAUGACGCUAUUUCUAAAGCCCUUCAAUCAUCAUCUUUUUCAGCCUCUGAAAAAUGGACAAGAAAAGCUCAAAGAAUUCUAGAGCUGAUAGAAAUAGAAAUUGAUGAAAGAGUAAGCAUAAAUCAAAUUACUAUGUUUUGUGUUAAAGAAUUUAACUCAGACCUGUAUAAAGAAAUUGAAAAAGAAGAGAUAAGCACUCAAGCUACAAUAGAAUCGAAUGAUGAAUAUAAAAGCGAAAGCAGAGAGGAUGAAGACAUAGGCGAAAAACUGUGAAAACAGAGAGGAAAUAUCAGAAAAAAUAAAGAUUUCGUAAAAAAUGUAUUGAAAAACACACAUGUUGAAAAAACUGUUGUCAUUGGAGGGAGUAGCGUUCCAGUCGCUAAAAAAGUUGAAAGCUUUAUGAAUAUCAAGCCAACUGUAAAAAAAGAAAAGAAAAUCCAAGACACUCCAAUUAAAAAGAAGGAGUUAGAGAGAAAAGACAGCAUACCCAAAUUUCAAAAUAAUGUAAAAAAGGGGUGAGGUUAAUUAAAGUACACUGUACUUUUUUACACCCCCUCCGAAAACCUACAAAAAUGACCCUGUACUUUAAAAAUGGUCGUUUAGUGUGAAAAAAAGUACAAACGGUACUUUUCGAUUUUUUAAAAACAGGGGGGUGAAAAAAGUAAACGGUGAAAAAAAAAGCCAAAACAGAGGAAAAAAGUACAUAUAAAAAUCAAUAUUCUAUCAAGACUAAGUAAAUUUUAAGCAAAGAAAGGCCAAGGUUAAAUUGCAUAAUAAGCAGCUUGUAUUGCAUUAUAAUAAAUACUAAACAAUAUUGCUGGAAAGAAUGCAAGAGCUGCAUGAUAAGCAAUAAAAAAUAUUUGGCUCUCAAAAUAAGAGGAAAAAAGUACGCUGCAAAAUAUAAAAUGAUUAAAGUGACGUAGAAUAAUCUAAUAUAAAAGACUAAUAAUAAGCACAGGAAAUUUCCUUAGAAAGGUCAACUUAAUUUGUUAAAUAAAAGACCAAAAGUUACAAAGAAAUAUAUAAGAAAAGUGAUUAUGGAGAAAAUUUUUAAAAAAAUGGAUGAAAAAAGUACAUGUUUUUUUCAUAUGCAAAAAAAGAGUGAAAAAAGUACUCAUAAAAUUUUUAACAGUGCAAAUUUUGGAUGAAAAAAGUACAAAGGGAAAAAAAAAACAGAGGAAAAAAGUACAUUGACUUUUUAUAUGAAAAUACUAAUUUUUUAAAUAUGUUUACCUUAAAAUGAGAAGAACGCAUCAAUUUAAUUUUGCUGCAUAUAUUAAUUCUCACUCCACCCCCUUUAAUUUGGAACAAAAAAUUUUUUUUUGUUAGAAAAAAAUAUCACUUAACUUAACUUAAACAGACGGGCUCGUGCCUUUAAUUUUAACGCAAUCACAAUGAUCCCUUGUGGGAUUCAUCCGCUUUGCGACAUCACUCCCACAUAAAGCGGGAGUACUGAUGCCUCCUCCUUGUCUCUUGUAAAAGACUCCAGUGUUGAGUGUGGGCAGACUACGGGUUUGUGAGGCCUCCUGAGGCUGAGGGAAUACAAGUUGGCAUUCCGAAAUUCCAAAAAAUGGAAUUUCUAAUAGCCUGUCGGCAAAAGGGUAAAGUCCAGAUCCUGGAACGUAACGCCCAGUCUCACGCUAGGCAGUUGCCCAAUUGUCUAGCUAUUACCUGUAGACUCUGAUGGGCUUGCCCUUUCCAAAUCUUAACCCUCCUUUCCUAAGAGGUAAAAACCAGUCUCGAAUUUGGACUUGGGCUAGGUUCUACGCUCCUCUAGAAUUGGUUGCUAGCAUUACUGUCCAUUUCAAGGCUAGAAAAACCUUGCCGGGUAUAAUUAAAAUAUGAGUCGAAGGCUGUAUGGCCGUGAGGCCAUACCUAAACGAAGACGCCAUAUUUUAACUAUCUAGAAAAAAAUAUCAAUAUAAAAUUUUUUUAUAAAAAAAAAAUUUCAAAAAUUUAUCGAAUUAGAUUAAUAAAUUUGUUUAAUAAAAUGCUAUUUAUUCUUUUUCCUUUAAAACAAAGCAAUAUAUAACUAAAUUUGCAUUAUUAGUUAAUACGCCACUAUUAAUUGGCAUCAAAAUUAUUUACACAAAAAUUAUUAUUUUUAUUAAUAAAAAAAAAAAAAUUAAAAAAAAAAUUUUAGAAAAUUUAUCGAUCAAAGUGCUAAUUUUGUUUAUAUAAGAUGCUAUUUAUACUCUAUACUUUUAAAAUAAAGCAAGAAAUAAGUAAAUUUUUAUAUUUUAUAAAGAAUUCCUAUUGAAUUUAUAUCAAAACUAUUUAAAUAGAAAAUUUAGCAAUUAAGGAUAAUAAAUUUAUUUAAAUAAAAUGCUCUUAUACUCUCUUUCUUUAAAUAAGAGCAAGAUAUAACUAAAUUUUUAUUUUAGUUAAGAAGAAGCAUUUAACUUAUAUCAAAACUUUUUUAGAUAAAAAUUAUAUAUAAUUUUUUAUUAUAAAAUUAAAUUUUGUUCCAAUUGAAGGAGCUAAUUUAUCAAAAAAGGGAAAAUUUUACCUAUAUUUGCUCCAAUUUAAAGGGGGUGGGAGUGAGAAUUAAUAUAUGCAGCAAAAUUAAAUUGAUGCGUUCUUCUCAUUUUAAGGUAAACAUAUUUAAAAAAUUAGUAUUUUCAUAUAAAACGUCAAUGUACUUUUUUCCUCUGUUUUUUUUUCCCUUUGUACUUUUUUCAUCCAAAAUUUGCACUGUUAAAAAUUUUAUGAGUACUUUUUUCACUCUUUUUUUGCAUAUGAAAAAAACAUGUACUUUUUUCAUCCAUUUUUUAAAAUUUUCUCCAUAAUCACUUUUCUUAUAUUUCUUUGUAACUUUUGGUCUUUUAUUUAACAAAUUAAGUUGACCUUUCUAAGGAAAUUUCCUGUGCUUAUUAUUAGUCUUUUAUAUUAGAUUAUUCUACGUCACUUUAAUCAUUUUAUAUUUUGCAGCGUACUUUUUUCCUCUUAUUUUGAGAGCCAAAUAUUUUUUAUUGCUUAUCAUGCAGCUCUUGCAUUCUUUCCAGCAAUAUUGUUUAGUAUUUAUUAUAAUGCAAUACAAGCUGCUUAUUAUGCAAUUUAACCUUGGCCUUUCUUUGCUUAAAUUUACUUAGUCUUGAUAGAAUAUUGAUUUUUAUAUGUACUUUUUCCUCUGUUUUGGCUUUUUUUUUUCACCGUUUACUUUUUUCACCCCCCUGUUUUUAAAAAAUCGAAAAGUACCGUUUGUACUUUUUUUCACACUAAACGACCAUUUUUAAAAGUACACAGUCAUUUUUGUAGGUUUUCGGAGGGGGUGUAAAAAAGUACAGUGUACUUUAAAUUAACCUCACCCGUAAAAAAGCCUACAAAAACUGCUGAAAAUAAGCAAGGGUCAAUCCAUAGAGCAAGCUCUGAAAUUAAAGAAAAAGAAAUAAACAAAAAAUCCUCUACUUUAAAAAGAGAGAAUUCAUUGGAAGUGGCAAUUAAAAAGAAAAAUGAAAAAAAUGUAAAGGAUUUAGAAAAAGAUCAAAGUCAAAAAAAUGCAAAAAUAAAGCCUGAAAUUAAAUCGGCCAAAAGUGAGUUAAAAAAAGAAGAAACCAAAGAAAAAAUUCAAGAUAAAAGACAAGAAGAAAUUAAAGAGAUAAAGAAAAUAGAUAGCAAAAUAAAUGAAAAUCCUAACGAAGAAAAUAAAGAAAAAGCUAUUGGAGAAAGCCAGCUGAAUCAAGCAUAUGAAGAAAAAAAUAAUAUAUUUGAAUCGAAAUUAGAAACCCAAAAUUUUGAAGAGAGCUGCAAAACUAAUGAAGAAAGCCAUUUAUUAAUUGAAGAAGACAAAGAAAGCUCAUCUAGCAGUGACGCUGAGUCUAAAAGUGCACAAAAUGAAAGAUACAUUGAAGAAAAUUUUGGAAUAUUAGAAAAAUCAAAUGAUAAAUCAGACUCUGAAAAUGAACUAAAAUCCGAGGAAAAUAUAGAAACAGGAGAAGAAAGUAUUGGCAUAAGUCAUGAAAAUUCAGUAUCUCAACCAGAUUUUCAAGAAGAAAAAUCAGUAUCUUCUAUAUCCCAAGAAAUCUCAGCAGAGCCCUUUACUCGAGAAAAUCCUCAUCAAAUGACAAUUACAAUUGCAAAGCCUACAGAGAAUUUAGAUCCAUCUACAAUAUCCGAAAUCACCAAAAAUUCUGAAGACGUGUUAAUCACACAAACUAAAGAAGGAAUGCAUUUUUACUCAUCAAACCACCAAAAACUGCAAAAUAUUCGUGAAUUAAUUUCUAAAAAUAAAAAAGAGCAACCUCAAGAAAGCCAAAAAUCUAGUGAUGAAGAAGAAUAUGAAGAAGAAAUAGAAAAGCCAGCAUUAGAACCCCAGAUCAUCAAAGCUGCAAAGCCUCCUUUAUCCCACAAGCCUCAACCAAAGCCUGCUCAAAAAGAACCUCCAAAACAAGAGAAAAAGACUCCAGUUAAAAAAUCAAUUCCCAGGCCUCCUAAAGAAACUCCAAUAGAUGCUGUAGACUACACAGGAAUUUAUAAAUCAUUUCUCGAUAUUUUUGCUGGAUCUGGCAAAAUCCGCGACUUUAAUGCAGUGGCUGCUCUGCGUGAGGCUUAUCAAAUGUUCAAAGAAUUCCAGUCUCUUCUUACAAGUCCAGAAUUCGAAAUUCAUACAAAAUUCAAGCUUUCUUUGGCUCCUUUAGAAAUAAAUCCAAGAGACCUUGUAAAUCAAGGGAAAGAGUUUUUAAGACCUUCAGUUCCAUGCGAUAAAGAAAUGUAUUUUAGAGUUGUAAGGGCAAGACCAGAAGUAUAUGAUAUUGUAAGCAGAGGUUUUAAUAAGAAAAAAGGGUGAAAUGAGCUUCCUCAUGGUAUGAAUUUGAAAUUUACAUGAAAUGUGAUGUGGACUUGGUCAAAGCCUCGUAUAGAGCUUCCAAAGCUGCUUGUUUGGCAAAAAGUCAACCAUUUCCCUGAGACAAAGAAUUUCUCAAGAAAAGAUUUACUUAAAAAAAACAUUGAAAGAAUAAUGAAAGCUUCAGCAAAAUGUAACCAAUUAUGGAAAAUAAUCCCACAAACUUAUUGCUUACCCCAGGAAUAUGUGCAGUUUGUUGAUAAUUAUACAGAGCUAGAAAACUCAGAUUCUAGCAGAAAUGUAUGAAUUAUGAAACCUAUAGGGAAAAGUAGAGGACGUGGAAUUUCAGUGAUUAAUGAUUUAAAUCAAGUUACAUAUGGUGAACCAAUGGUAAUUCAACGAUAUAUUAUGAAUCCUUUAUUAUUAGACGGAUAUAAAUUCGACCUAAGGCUGUAUAUUUUAAUUACAAGUUUUUCCCCUCUUGAAGUAUUCCUAUAUAAAGAAGGAUUCGCAAGGGUAAGCACGGUACCAUUUUCCUUAAACCCAGACAAACUUUCUAACAAAUUUAUUCACUUACUCCCCCCCCCCCUCCGUGAGCGAACAAAAAAAUUUUGUUCGCUCACGGAGGGGGGUUAAUUUUUUUUUUUUAAAAAAAAAUUUAUAUAUAAAUUUUAUAAAAAUAUUUUUUUCGAAAAUUUAAAAAAAUCCUAAUUUGCAAAAAUUGGGAAGCAAAUAUUAAUUUAAUUUGCAAAAUUUUAUGUUUUAAAACGCAAUUUGUUUAAAAUUAAACAGAAUUAGCUCUAGAUUUCAUUAUACUAAUUAUCACUUAUAUAUCAAAAUUUUUUUCCAUUAAAAUUUUUUUCUAUUAAAAAAAUUUUUGUUCACUCACGGAGGGUGGGUUUUUGGUCAAAAAAUGGCGAUUUUUCUAAUGGUUUUGUUCGCUCACGGAGGGGGGGGGGGGGGGGAGUUAACAAAUUCUUCUAUACAAAAAUACAACCAGAAUUCCCAAAAUGAGACAGUCGAUGCUAUUUUUGGGGGAACAAAACUUGCCUUAAAAACUUUGAAAGAAAGGCUAGGAAGGUCUGGCGUUGAUUGGGAAAAAAUUUGGGCACAAAUAAAAGAAAUUGUUUUGAAAAGUUUGAUUGCAGUGCAAAGCGAAAUCCCAAGCUUGGAGUGCUGUUUUGAUUUAGUAGGGUACGAUGUUAUGAUUGAUUCCAAUUGCCAAUGCUGACUAAUUGAAAUUAACUCAAGCCCAAGCUUAGCCAGAGAAAAUUAUUUAGAUGAUCUUGUCAAGCAGCAACUUAUUGAUGACACGCUUGAUUUAGUUGAUCCUCUCUAUUUCAAUCAUAAAGAGCUCCUUAAUGUGCUAGACCGAAGAAUGCAUGAACUGCAAAAAGGGCAGUUUAACAAUUGUGCUUCUCAAAUGAAUAUUGAUCUCACCAGAAUAUUAGGUGGCAAAAAGCCUCGCCCAUUUGGCCAACUUCCGGAAAAAGUGGGAAAUUAUGAAUUAAUAUCUCCAUCUCCACUUUCAGAAAAACUACAAAAAUUAUGUCGCCAGCCAUUUUAUAGUCUUUUCUUAUAUCGGACUUUUGGCCGAAGCUUUCUCCUCAUGUGAUAUUUCCUCAAAAAGCCGUUAAAAUAAGGAAAAAUUUGACCAAAAAUACUGGGAAAAAAAUCACCCUACUAAAAUGUUCUGAUCAAAUGAAAAGGAGCCCAAAAUUAGCAUAUCCGCGAGGAUUAAAAGAUAAUAAUUUCAAUUUGUAA